UACAGUCUGAUGAUAUACCUGUGCCUGGGGAUGCAGUUAGGUUUGUUUUCCUCUAGCUAUUCUCCAGUUUGCUCCCAGCAGCGUUCAUAGAACAUAGAUCCCUGUUCAACUAGGCUGCAGAGUUCCUAGUUUGACAGAUAAUUCAACCAGUGUGUGACCAGUGGGUUUCUUUAAAUGAAUGAAUAUGAAACUGCCUUGAAUGCAGAUGUGAAGGACAGUAUGUUUUAAAUUCUCACUCAAAAUAUGCACUGCUCUAUUUGAACGUCUCAAUAUACAUUUAUUAUUUAAUGAAAGGAAUAAAAAUAUGUCUUUUGUCUGAAAAAAAAAAGUAUCAUAACUGCGUUUCCCUCCAGUCAGCAGACGGCGAUGUGCGUCUUUCAGGCGAUGCUGCAGCGUGACGUAUAAUCUAGUGGACGAAACGGAUCAACAACAACGAGUCAGCCACCUUGGUAGCCAACAGCCGAAACAUUUAGACUGUUUCUGUGCAUAUUUGCCUCUGUGUUUUAAAUAUACUUCUGACGUCUAGUUAAUUGCCCCCAUUUAAAUGUUAUAGGUACAUUGUUAGUCAACUAGCUGGCUUGAUAAGUUAGCCUAGCACUAAACUAGUCGGUCAUGCUAACUAGCUAGCUAGCUAACAUCCCCGAACAUGAGCUCCCUAAACUACUCCCCUCCUGUUAAAGAAGAGGAGGUCUGCUGGACGGAGAAAGAAACUCUGGGGCUGAACAUUGUCGUGAAAGAGGAGAAGGAAGAGGAGGAUGUUACAGUAAAACAAAAAGUAGAGGGUGAGGCUGUUACAGUGAAAGAAGAAGAGAAAGACGUUACAGUUAAAGAAGAGGAAGACGGGUUCAGAGUGAAAGAGGAGGAAGAUGUUACAGUAAAAGAAGAGGAGGAAGAGAAAGAGGAGGAUGCAGUUUUUGGAGUGAAGGAGGAGAAACAGGGAGAGAUAACGGUCAUAUUGACAGAGGAGUCUGGAGAUCUGAUUACCAUCAGAGAGAGACCAGACUCUGACAGCAGGAAGAGUUCCUCAGAGGAAACAGACCCAGAGACGCCUAACCAACACCACUGCUCCCACUGUGGAAAGAGUUUUAGGUGGUUAGGGAGCCUGAAAAUGCAUGAGAGAACACAUACAGGAGAAAAGCCCUACCACUGUUCCCACUGUGGAAAGGAUUUUACUCAGUUAGGAGCCCUGGUUGGGCAUGAGAGAACACACACGGGAGAGAAGCCUUAUCACUGUUCCCACUGUGGAAAGAGUUUUAGGUGGUUAUGGGUCCUGAAAAAGCAUGAGAGAAUACAUACUGGAGAGAAGCCUUAUCACUGUUCUCACUGUGGAAACAGUUUUAGGUGGUUAGUGAGCCUGAAAACGCAUGAGAGAAUACACACAGGAGAAAAGCCUUUCCAAUGUUCCCAGUGUGAAAAGAGUUUUAGGUGGUCGGGGAGUCUGAAAAAGCAUGCGAGAAAACACACAGGAGAAAAGCCUUUCCAACAUACUAAUACACAGGAGGAGAAGACAUACCACUGUUCUCAUUGUGAAAAGACAUUUUCCCAGUCAGAGGACCUGAAAUCACACGAGAGAAUAGAGAGGCUGUGUUCUGACUUGUGUUUCUGACUGAGAAUUUGUCCACGGCCAGGAUUCAUAUGGCCAGGGUGUCCGCUAUGGACGCCUGGAAAAAAUCAGCAGUGGACAUUUCUGAACGUUUAUCCAACAGACCUGUACAUCCAUGAAUGGAUCUCUAUAAUGUGUAACUAUUUCUGAUGUAUGUGUUGUGAUGUAUUGUUUAAUAGAUGUACUAUGUUAGGUAUAUUUAUCUGUGGUUUAAUUUCAACAGAUUUUACUGAUGCUAUUAGAUUGCUGUGUGGGGGGAGUUUUAUAUAUACAGUGCCUUCAGAAAGUAUUCACACCC